AUGAGAUUGGUCCGUGCGAAGUUCCUGAAGGAUUUCGCUCCGCUCCACCGCCUGGGCCUGGUAUGGUGCGAGCGCGCCGCGCCCCCCCUCCUCCUAGCCGACGACUCCGGUGAGGGGGGAAGCCUUUGGCGCGACUGCCUCGCCAUCGUGCGGAACCUGACGCUCUUGAACAACGCCCGGGCUAGCGGCGGCGGCGGCGGCGGCGCGGGCCCGGACGGUUCGGCGGAGGAAGCCAUCGCGAAGGAGUCGGCGGCGCUGUGCGACAACACGGUUGUCCUCGAUGGGGAAGGGAUGAGGUCAGCGCUGAGGCUGGCGGCGCACCCGGUCAACGCGCCCGCCAAGGAGCUGCUCGCGUUGCUGGAGUCUCUGGUCCUCAGGGCGGCCAGGAGCCGCGUGAUGCACAAGGUAAGCGGCGGGGCCGCCGCCGCCGCCGCCGCUGCAGGCGCAGCCGGCGGAGCCCCUCUCGGCGUCGGUGCCGCCAGCACACCCGGUAGCAGCAGCUCUGGCGGCGGCGGCGGCGGCGGCGCCACGGCCACACCGGCGAAGAAACCGCGUCUAGCCGCCAUCUCGCCUUCAUCCACUAGUCCAGCCGUUCGCAGCGGCGGCGGCGGGGGCGGCGGUGGAAGGAGCACGACGACUGCAAUCGGCAGUCCCGGUGCGGCGGGGGCGAGCGGGGCUGCUAGGCAGGCGGGGGGCGGGGGGGCCAGCAUGUUGAUCGUGAAGAAGGCGGACGUGGAGGAUGGCAUCCUAGUGGAGGCGAAGGCGUUGCCGUCCAGCACGGGUCUAGCAUCCCUUGAGCUGUAG